UUAUACCCUAAAGCUGACGCGAAUAAGAUAAACAAUAAAAAAGUAUCGUACAGAGAGAGAGAGAAGGCGGGGUGGUGGUGGCGGUCGUGGGUAUCUGAUUUGCCGUUAGAAUCUCUCUCUUUCUCCCUUCUCUUUAUAUUUUAUUUCAAAAUGCCAUUCAAAUUCUUUUGUUUUUGUUCUCUGGGUUUGGAUUAUGUUGAAGAUUAACACCAAGAACACUCAAUCUGUUGCUUCAUUUUGAGAACACAAUUUACAAAGAAGAAAAGGAAAGUUAAAGAUUGUUGCUUUCUUCUCUUUUCAGAAACACCCUAAAGAUAUCCCUUUUUUAUUAUUCUUGAUGGGGGAUCAUUUUGUGUUGCUGGUUGAUCGGUUGUUAACUGAAUCCACACUUGAAGCUACUAUUGAGGGGAAAAAUCACUGGCAGCAAGCUAUUCCCUCUGCAAGCGAAGACGCCGCCACUGACUUUUCGCGACAUAGUAUGGAUUUAGAAUUUCCGUCGUCUUUAGGGAAGUUGGUAGAAUGUAGAAUUUGCCAUGAUGAGGAUGAAGACAUUAAUAUGGAGGCACCGUGCUCUUGCCGUGGCAGCUUAAAGUAUGCUCAUCGGAAAUGUGUUCAGAGGUGGUGCAAUGAGAAGGGCGAUACUCAGUGUGAGAUCUGUCACCAGCAAUAUAAACCUGGUUAUACAGCGCCACCUCCUCUAUUUCAUUAUGGCGGCAUUCCUAUGAAUUUCAGGGGAAAUUGGGAGGUAUCAAGAAGGGAUCUUCAUAAUCCUGGAUUGAUAGCAAUGGUUACCGCAGACCGUGAAUUUUCAGACUCCGACUUUGAUGAGUACUCGGGUCCCUCUCCGAGUAGCCUGAUAUGCUGCCGUAUCGUUGCUAUUAUUUUUAUGGUUCUUCUGGUUUUACGCCACACUCUUCCUAUAAUUAUAAGCGGAGCUGGAGAUUACUCAAUGACAUUGUUUAUGUUACUAGUACUGAGAACCAUCGGAAUACUUCUACCCAUUUAUGUCAUGGUUAAAGCAUUCACCGCUAUUCAGCGUCGCCGUCAACAGCAGGAUCCUCGUUUGGCAGUUGGUGCAUCAGAUGAAGAAAAUGAUCUGCCGCAGACUCGAGCACAGUCACGAUUUAUUCACAUUCGGUAAUUACCACGAGUUUCAGCCAAAGGCUUACAAGCAGUGUACAAAGAGGCAAUCAAAUCACGGAGCUGUUAAUAUACUUGGAGCUGAAGAACAAAGGCGGGGCAUUAGCAUCGUGAAAUUGUGCAGUCUUGCUUUUAUCAGUAGAGCAAAAUUAUCAGAAAAUGAAUGCUUCAGCAAAAUGGAUAUUAGUAUAUGUACAGUUAGCUAUCAAAAACACGGUACUGUUUAUGAGAAGUGGAAUCAAAUCAAGAAAAAAAAAUAUGAAUAGGAUGUCAGAACUCAGAAGCUUAAUUAUAAGUUUACAGAAAAAUUAAAUGGAAAUAUCAAUUUACAGAAUGAAAA